GCCUCAACAGUUUUAGGGUGACAUCUCUACCGGACAUCUGGCGCAAAAAAAUAGUAUAAAAGUUGUCCACAAAUAAUGAUCCAUGAUUUAAUACUGGCUUGCUUAAGCCAUGAUCUUGAAGGACUUGGUAUUAAGGCUUUUGAGGACACAACAGCAAUUGACGAGUUUAUACAUCCUUGCGAGCGGCACAUAUUGUUGGAUAUUUUAAAAAUCAUCAAGGUUUACCAUGAAGUCGUAGAAUUUGCGGAGUCCUCGGGAUCGUCAAAGUGUAAUUCUGGCGAAACGCAAGCGGUAGAUCCCUCACCUGGUUACUAUAUGCUAAACUUAUCAAAAGGCAUCCAAUCUGCCCUUGAGGAUUAUUAUGAGGAGAUUUUUCAGCUGGUGUCGUAUUGCCAGGACAACGAGCGCAAAUCGCUAUCAUAUAUACACGAUGCCCUGCAAGUCAAGUUACCCGUUCUCUUCUGCCUGAGAACCCUUACCAUGGAGAUCCAAGUGCGCAAACUGCGGGGAUGCUCCAUGCUGUAUUACCUCCUUCAACGUUCAGAGCACGGUGACAUUCAGCUGGAGAAAGUGCUAAAGAAAGUCAUGCAGCCUGUAAAGUAUGCCUUCUUUGCUGGCCUGGCUCAUUGGCUUUUAUUCGGAGUUAUUGAUGAUGUGCACUCGGAGUUUUUUAUAAAAUAUACUCCAACCGAUUCAGAGGAUAGUAAGUCAUGCAAAUCAGCUAGUAGCUCUUUUGUCGGUGCGGAUAAAACCCCAGAGGAUUAUAUUUGGCAGUACGAGAUUAACAUGGAUCAGCUGCCUGGAUUUCUGUCCAUUAUUGUUGCUGAAAAGGUACUAUUUGUGGGUCAAACUGUUUUGGUCUUUAAAAUGCGGGGAAACGUUAAGACUAAAUCCAAAACAGACCCACUUGCAGUUAAGCUGGCUGAAAUGUCGCGCGAUGAUAUUUACGAGUUGUGGAGCGGAAGAGAGUCGGAAUUCUUCAAAAUGGUCGAAGAUCUCAACAACGAUGAUACAAUUAAUGUCUUCCGCGUCGAAAACGCUAUAAACGAUAUCAAGAAAUAUGUUAGCAUGCGACUGUCGGAAUUAGCUGUGAACGAAGUCGACCUAGAACGUCAAAUGGGUCUAGUUAAGGACUUCUUUCUGUUGGGGCGUGGGGAGUUCUACUUGGAGUUCUGCAGCCAAUUAAUUGGAACAAUGGAAACAUAUCGUGAAGAACGUUUCAAGAAUAUUACUAGAUCAUUUGAGCUUGCAGCUACUGUCAUGGGAAUCACCGAUGACUUGGAAAAGUUUUCACUCACUUACCAAAGAAUCUCUGGAGAGCCAGAAGAAACUUCCGAUUUUCACAUUUUGCAAGGUCUUACCCUAAAGUACACAUAUGAGUGGCCUUUAAAUCUGUUGUUUUCUCCGAAAGCCAUUGAGCGAUACAACAAGAUAUUUCGGUUUUUACUUAUCAUUCGAACGUUUCAAUACGAAAUACAAAGAGUUUGGGCCAAGCAGACCUGGAAGGCAAAAACAGAGCGUAUAGCCCUAAAUAACAAAAUUGUAAAUCUUCGAAAUCAUCUUAUGUUCUUUUUGAACAAUAUGCAGUAUUACAUUCAAGUGGAUGUGCUUGAAAGUCAAUUUGGAAUUCUUUUGAAUGUGAUUAAAAGCAAAGCUGAUUUUGAAGAAAUUCAGAGAGCCCAUACGAUAUUUUUGGCUAAUGUGCUCUCACAAUGUUUUCUGCUUACCGAUUCGAAGGAGGGUCAAAUGAAUAUCACUGGAUGUCAGCCACAAAACCCGAUUUAUGGAACCCUUCUUAAACUUUUUGGCAUAUGUGAAAGGUUUGCACACAUUACCCAAGUGGAAAAUCCGCCUGACGACUUCAUGGCUGAAAUCGACAGUCUUAAUGAAAGAUUUGGUGUUCAAAUUGCGAGCCUUAUCAAACUUUUAGUUGAUGUAAAAACCACAUCGUGCCUGGGUCCACUUUCUCAGCUACUAUUGCGAUUGGAUUUUAACCAUUGGUUUAGUGGCAAACAAAACUUGUCUGAAGAAAGUAUUUUUCCUUAAAGCUGUAAUCGUUUGAUAUCUUCAAUUCGGAAGUCGCUCCUUAAAACACGUUAAAUAAAAUGUAAAGCAAUGUUUUGCAUUUAA